AUGCCUCACACCAGGCUGCUGCUCCUCCUCACCCUCCUCUGCGCCACCGAGACCGGAUGGGCUCUCCGCCUCUACAACGCCGCCUCCAUCUUCAGCUGCCUCAAUGCAGCCCUCGCUGAAGCCCCGAAGAGCCACCUGGAGGAAAACUCUGUCUUGGACAAGCGCAGCUUCGACUCCCCAUCGCCCGAGGAGGCUGAGGAGGAGGAGGAGGAGGGGGAGGAUGCUGUGGAUGAAGAGAUGGGGAAAAGGACGUUCCCGGGGGAAGGCCAUUACAAAUACAUCUCCCAGGCACAGGUGAAGGGGAAGACGUACCAAAACCGGGCCAAGAGUGACCGCCGCACCAAGGUGACCCUCUCCCUUGAUGUCCCCACCAACAUCAUGAACAUCCUCUUCAACAUCGCCAAAGCCAAGAACUUGCGGGCGAAGGCUGCUGCCAACGCACACCUCAUGGCGCAAAUCGGGCGGCGGAAGUGA